UCGCCCCCCAUUCAACAACGAGAACUCCUGCGAAAGUUCGAGAACAAUGGCGGCGGCGGCGGCGAGAUUAGGGUUCCGGCGACUCUUCUCCAUCUCGGCGUUCGCGCCGCCGCCCCCCGCCGCCGCUCGUCCGGCGGUAGAACCCUCAACGAAUCUCUUCGUCUCGGGGCUCAACAAGCGUACGACAUCGGAGACGCUUAGAGAAACCUUUGCAAAAUUCGGUCAAAUUGUCGAUGCGAGAGUGAUCACCGACAGAGUGUCAGGUUAUUCUAGGGGGUUCGGUUUUGUGAGAUAUGCCUCAAUUGAAGAGGCGGAAGCAGGCAUUAAGGGCAUGGAUGGGAAGUUUCUUGAUGGUUGGGUUAUAUUUGCCGAGUAUGCGAGACCUCGAGAAGCUCCUCAGCCUCCCCAAGCAACAGGGGCUUCUGUAUCUGCUUAUCAGUAAAGCCUUAUGGAGUCAUAGUGUUAAGUGUUUGGUAUUCAUUAUCUAAAUUACUUGACCUAAGAUUUAUGUGUGAUACAUUUCUUAUGGAGAGAACUAGCUAUUAUGUAGAAGGUUGAAAUCUCUUGAUGGUCAAAUUUUGAAUACAAACCUAAUGAAAUUGAUCACUAUUAAAUGCUUAAGAAGUUGCGGUACCCUUUUUUU